CCUGCUCUGAUUGCUCCAUUUCCGCGGUUGAAAAAUUCACUCACACUGCUGGUAAUCCCUGCAAUCUCGCCAGUACAACUCGUUUCGACUGUCCACUGACUUCUCAUUAUCCUGCAAACUCUGGCUUCGGAGCUCGGAACUUGAACGGCCGGCGUUCGGAACCGGAAAGUGGAGAAGACGCCCGGAAUCUCCGGGUCAAGCGGCAUCACACCGGCUGAACCCCGCCUCAUCAGGAUAUUCCGACCCUCACAACCUUUGUGGUCCUUCCUUUCUGGCUACGAUGCCACCGUCAGCAUUUCAGAUUCUCUCAGACCUACACCUCGAGACCUACACGUCGUAUGAUUUCCACUUCAAGCAAACGGCGCCCAAUCUGGCGCUGCUCGGUGACAUUGGCCACGUAGGCAACGACGCCCUCUUCACCUUUCUCGAGGCGCAGCUCCGACGGUACUGGAACGUCUUCUUCGUCCUAGGCAACCACGAGCCCAUCAUGGGCAGCUGGCCUGCCGCCAAGCGAAGGGUUCGCGACUUUGCCGACCGCAUGGAGCAGCUGCGGGCCCGGUCUACCAUCGGCCGCUUCGUCUUCCUCGACCAGACGCGGCACGAUAUAAACGACAGCCUAACCGUCAUAGGCUGCACGCUCUUUUCGCGGGUGACACAGGAGCAAGCCGCCGCGGUGGGCAGCCGGUUCGUAGACUUCCAGCAGAUCCAGCGCUGGACGGUCGCGGACCACGUCGACGCCCACUUAUCCGAUCUCGGCUGGCUGAAUGCGCAGGUCGCCGAGAUCGAGAGCACCCAGCCGCAGCGGCGGAUCGCCAUCUUCACGCACUACAGCCCGACCUUGGAUGCGCGGGCCGUGGCCGGACGGCACAGGAACAGCGCCGUCACGUCGUGCUUUGCUACCGACCUCAGUGGAGAGGAAUGCUGGACCAGUCCGUUGGUCGUGAUGUGGGCGUUCGGUCAUACCCACUUUAGCUGCGAGUUUACCGACGCGUUUGGCAAGAAGGUGGUCUCUAAUCAGAGGGGCUAUGCCUUCGGGCCCCAGAAUGCCUUUGACUCAGGAAAGGUCUUCAUCAUUGGAGAAGAGGCCGAUGGUGGAAUGACUAUACUGUGUGAUUUGCACGGUGAGAUGUAGGUGGCCAAACUACCUUAACCUACGUCGGUGGCCUCCGUGCUACCCCUCUGUCCGAACGUAAUUGCACUAGAAAUUCAUCGAACUGGCGGAUACAACUGAGAGGAAGGCUCGGUUGUUCCCUACAGUAUUGAGUAUUCUGGGAUGAUCAAGACUCAGUUGCGUAUCAAGGCGAAACUCUGACUUCUGACCGUGCAGGUUGUCGAUCGCUGACUCUGCGAUGGGAGACCUGUUCUGAGAGCAGACAUUGACAGGGAACCAGUCAUAAGGUAGUUCAGGUAGGUAGUACUGGUAACCUUACUGGGCACCCUGCCAGGAAACAUUCCUAGGUCAGGGCUGUGGGCGUUGUUGCUACCACGAUCCGGGAUGGAGGAUUCGGUUGCAGCAGUCCUGCUGUACGUGCAAUACCUUGCUUGUUCUGUAUGACUGCCGGGAAUCGGCACAAGAUUACCUACGUUUAUCAUUGCAAGAUAAAGCCAAUCGGACGCAUCUCAGAUGG